UCAGCUCGACUCACGCGCCUCCUAUCUCUUAUCAAACACGAUCCGUUUCUUUCACUCUCACUCACAACUUUACAACCAAAAGUAGCAUGGCGAAGAAGGCCGUUUGUGUACUUAAAGGCGCCGGGGAUGUGACAGGCACCGUUUUUUUCGAGCAAGAGAAUGAGAAGUCUUCAGUGAAGCUCUCGGGUGAAAUCACUGGCCUUACUCCAGGAAAGCAUGGUUUCCAUGUCCAUGCUUUUGGAGACAACACAAACGGCUGCAUCAGUGCAGGUCCGCACUUCAACCCUUACAAUAAAGAUCACGGUGGGCCAGAUGCUGGUGUCAGACACGUUGGAGACCUUGGUAACGUGAUAGCUGCUGACAACGGUGUUGCAAAAAUUGACAUUGAGGAUAAAUUGGUGACCCUGUCAGGUGAACACUCUGUCAUUGGGAGGACCAUGGUGAUCCAUGAAAAAGAGGAUGACUUGGGUCAAGGAGGCAAUGAAGAAAGUCUUAAAACUGGCAACGCUGGAGGUCGUCUGGCCUGUGGCGUUAUAGGCAUCACUCAGUGAAGUCCAGCUCUAAUCAAAGACUUGGCUUCGAAAUUAUAGAGACCAAUGUGUAUCGCCCCUCUCCGUAAGCACUUAGCCAACUGACGAUUGCAUCUAUUUUUACAAGUUAAUGUUUAAGGAAAUAUACUUUAGCCAUAAAAAGCUGUUUUGUCCGCACAUGUCUAUGUGGGCACGAUCUGCCUUCGUGAUGUCCGUUUCCUUUGAUCUCUGCUUUAUUCAAUAAAGAUCGAGCAGACUGGA